GGGCGGCGGUUAAAUCAGCGGCGUUUGGCUCAGUUUCACAUUAUUCGCUCACGACUAGUCGUAGUGGAAAGACGGUGUCAACUGAUCUGAUCCCCAGAACCCGUAGGUGGCUGGGAAAUAAUUGAAUUCAGUAAGUUCUCAAUUACGAUUUGAAAUCGGGCGAAACAAAACCUAAAACAUGGAGGCUAUUUUCACGAUUAACGGAAGGAUUUUCGAGGUCGGCUCGAAUACAGUCCCUAUUGAUACAUCUUUAAAUACCUUCAUUCGAAACAAUGCCAACCUCAGCGGAACCAAAUUCAUGUGUUUGGAGGGAGGCUGCGGAGCAUGCAUUGUCAACGUGAGUGGAGUUCAUCCAGUGACGAAGCAAAAAUGCUCGUGGGCCGUUAAUUCUUGUCUGUUCCCGGUGUUCUCCUGUCACGGUUUGGACAUCGUUACCGUCGAAGGGAUUGGAGACAAGCAGGAUGGGUAUCACCAGACUCAAACCGUUCUCGCACAGUUCAACGGUUCACAGUGCGGAUACUGCUCUCCCGGAAUGGUGAUGAAUAUGUACAGCCUUCUGGACUCCAAAAAGGGCCGUGUGACGAUGGCUGAGGUCGAGAAUGCCUUCGGAGGUAACAUCUGUCGAUGUACCGGAUAUAGACCAAUUCUGGAUGCGUUCAAAUCACUUGCUGUCGACGCCGAACCUAGAUUGAAGGAGACGUGUCGGGAUAUCGAAGAUUUGACAAAAGUCUGUCCAAGAACAGGGAACUCUUGCACUGGGAAAUGUUCAGCAAUUGCUGCAUCCAAUGAGCAUCGGUUUCUUAAUCUAACAUUCCCUAGAAAUAAAGAAUGGUAUAAAGUGGGAACCAUUGAAGAGGUUUUCAAAAUUUUCCAGAAGAUCGGAAACAAGCCCUAUAUGCUGGUCGCUGGCAACACUGCGCACGGGGUCUAUCGGAGACGCGAAGAUUUACAGGUUUUCAUCGACAUAACAUCCGUCGAAGAGCUUCGAUCGCACUCCUUUGGAGACAAACUCAUUAUUGGGGCUAAUGUGUCACUGACCGAAUUGAUGGAAAUUUUGUCGAAGGCGGCGGAUCAGGAUGCCAAUUUCAAACAUUGUGCCGAACUUGUAAAACAUAUCGAUUUGAUUGCCAACGUCCCGGUUCGCAACACUGGCACGAUAGCCGGAAACCUCAGCAUUAAAAAUCAGCACAAAGAAUUUCCGUCCGACUUAUAUCUGAUUCUGGAGGCUGUUGAAGCACACUUAACAAUCGUUCGAUCGGAUUCUACCAAGGCAAUUCAUGUUAGCCCGGCCAACUUUGUCAACAUGGAUAUGACCAAAAAUUUGAUUCUGAACAUCGUUAUUCCACCUCUGAACACGAAUGUGAGCGUAUUCCGCUCAUUCAAAGUUAUGCCAAGGGCUCAGAAUGCUCAUGCCUACGUGAACGGUGCGUUCUUAUUGAAAUUCAACAACACGAAGGCAGAGAUCGAAUCAGCCAACGUCUGCUUCGGCGGAAUUAACCCCACGUUCACCCAUGCCACAAAAACUGAGAAGUACAUCGUGGGAAAAACCAUCUUCAACAACGAGAUCCUACAAUCAACUUUCAAAAUUUUAUCUAACGAACUUGAACCGGACUGGAUUCUUCCGGAUGCAUCGCCAGAAUAUCGUAGAAGUUUGGCGAUCUCACUGUUCUAUAAAUUCAUCCUAAACAUUGCCCCCAACGCAAGCCCCGUCUACAAAUUGGGAGCAUCAAUUCUCGAGCGGCCAGUCUCAACCGCAUCUCACCGAUUCGAUUCGUAUCCCGGCAAUUGGCCUCUCACGAAAAACAUUCCGAAAAUUGAAGGUCUUGCGCAAGCAUCGGGACAAGCAAAGUACGCGAAUGACUUUCCUACUCUGAAGGACGAACUCCACGCAGCGUAUGUUCUUGGAAAGAAACCAAAUGUAACGAUUGAAUACAUCGAUGCCUCUGAAGCGUUGAAAAUUCCCGGAGUUGUGGGCUUCUUCUCCGCAAAGGACAUUUCCGGAGCGAAUAACUUCAUGUAUUUCCCAGAGUUCAUGGGCUCGGAAAUCGAGGAAGUAUUCGCUUCCGAAAGGGUUGCAUACCAUGGUCAGCCAAUCGGGUUAAUUGUAGCUGAAACGUUUGCCUUAGCCAACCGCGCCGCAGAAGUCGUGAAGGUGACAUACGGGAAGCUCCAAUCAGUUAAAAUCUAUCCCACCGCAAUGGAUGUUCUGAAAGCGGAAGCAACCGACAGAAUAAAGGAAAUGUCUUACAGCACUCAUGGUAAAAAUUUCGACAGCUCCAAAGAAGGGCCCAUCAAGGUCAAGGGUCAUUUUGAGCUCGGGGGUCAAUACCAUUACUACAUGGAGACACAAACUUGCGUCUGCCUUCCAGUGGAAGAUGGUAUGGACGUUUACUCAUCUACCCAGUGGGUCGAUCUGACCCAGAUGGCCAUCGCACGAAUGUUGAAGAUUCCCCAGAACAGUCUCAAUCUCUACGUCCGAAGACUGGGUGGCGGAUACGGGGGUAAGGGAACACGCGCAACGAUGGUCGCCUGUGCUUGUGCUCUCGCUACCCAUCUCACAAGAAGACCUGUACGGCUCGUAAUGACGUUGGAAGCAAACAUGGAAGCCAUAGGCAAACGAUUCCCAGUGAUUUCCGAUUACGAGGUUAGCGUUGAUAAAAAUGGUAAAGUCGUGAAACUGUUCAACGAAUAUGUUCACGACUAUGGAUCGAACUGGAACGAAUCCAUGGGACACGCCGGGGAAUUUUUCGGUAAUUGCUACGAUCACAGCGUGUUCAAAACGGUUGCCAAGGGUGCGAAAACGGAUUGUGCCAGUAAUACGUGGUGUCGCGCUCCCGGGACAACCGAAGGCAUUGCUAUGAUUGAAACCAUAAUGGAGCACAUUGCCUUUGCAACCGGCCGUGAUCCUUUGGAGGUUCGCAUGGUUAAUAUGCCCUCCGACAUGAAGAUGCUUGAGCUGAUGCCUCAGUUCCGGGCUGAUGUCGAAUAUGAUGCUAGGAAAGCGGAAAUUUCUCAGUUCAACGUGGCUAACCGCUGGCGGAAACGCGGAAUCGCAAUUGUUCCGAUGAGGUAUCCGCUGGGAUAUUUUGGCUCAUUACACGCGAUCGUUUCAAUUUAUCAUGACGACGGAACUGUUUCUGUUUCCCACGGUGGUAUCGAGAUGGGUCAAGGAAUGAACACCAAGGCAAUCCAAGUGGCUUCCCAUGUGCUCGGAAUUUCCAUGGAUAAGAUCAGUAUCAAACCGACGAACAAUCUAACCUCUCCCAAUGCUAUUUGCACCGGAGGAAGCAUGACUAGUGAAACUGUUUGCUAUGCCGUCAAACGUGCAUGCGAGGUUCUCUUGGAGCGCAUGAAACCGAUCCAAGAACAAAAUGCCGAGGAUUCCUGGGAUGUGCUUGUUGGCAAGUGUCACAUGAAUGGUGUGGAUCUGUGUGCAACCUACAUGUAUAAAGCAUCAGAUCUUACCCCGUACAUAAUUUGGGGUCUAAGCUGUACUGAAAUCGAGGUUGACAUUCUCACGGGUAACGUCCAGGUACAGCGGGUAGACAUACUCGAGGAUGUCGGCGAGAGCUUAAGCCCCGGAAUCGACAUAGGCCAAAUUGAGGGUGCAUUCGUUAUGGGCAUUGGGUACUAUCUGACCGAAGCGCUUGUUUUCGAUCCCGAAAAUGGUGCCCUACUUACCAAUCGAACAUGGACCUAUAAGCCACCCGGUGCGAAGGAUAUUCCGAUCGAUUUUCGUAUCCGCUUUCUGCAGAAUAGCUCCAACGCAACGGGAGUGUUACGUUCCAAAGCGACCGGUGAACCGGCGAUGAAUAUGACUAUUUCGGUGAUUUUUGCCCUGAGACACGCACUAAUGUCAGCACGCGAGGACGCGGGACUACCAAGGGAGUGGAUUUCACUUGGAGCGCCAUCCACUCCGGAUCAGGUUCACCUGCUGGCCGGUAACACACUUGAACAGUAUAGGCUGGUUUGAUUCAUAUAUUAUUCAAAAGUUAUUUUUAUGAUUGAAUCCAUAUAGAUGAAUAAAUAUUUAUGGUUUGCGAAGAAUAA